CUUCGCAACUCGGCGCGGGUCUCCCUUCCACGCAUCCCCUGCCAUGCCACGCCACGCCCUGCUCUCCUCCGCGCACUCGCUAGCCGCCGCAUCCCUCUCCGCACGGACUGCUGCGCCACUCCGCCAAGCGCAGCGCGCUCUCCCCCGUGGGCGGAGGGCGUGGAGCGAGGCGCGGGGCGCCAAGCUGCUGCAUGGGGCGCGGGCGAGGCGGAUCCAGGGGCGUCGCCGCUGCGGGAGAUGGUGCAGUCAGGGCGGGCAGUGGGAGGGUGGGCGCGCGCGGUGUCCGCCACUCGCUCCGGUCUCUUCCGCUCGCCUGUCUCAGAGGGAGGGGAGAGCGCAUCAGCGCCCACGGGCUGCCGGCCCAGCGCUGUGGUAGCAAGCAGUGCGCAGCCUGUGGAGCGGGGUGGUAGCAGUACGCGCAGCCCCGCUCUGCUACAGCAUGCCCCGCUCGCACCACCGCCUCAAGGGUACCCCUUGGGGCCGCGCGUGGAUUUCCCCACCAAUGCUGAUGGCCACCCGUGGUCUUACUUUCCCUGCUCGGCAUGCACGCGCGCAACCUCCAGUCAGACCCGCACUGCACCGUGCUGGUGCAGAUCCCACCUCCCCUGGCUGGAGCCUGGAUCCUUAACCCAAACCUUCUUUGUUUGCCAGCUCAAGCGCCUGCCAUCGUUCCUGCCGGGCCCCUCAGUGGAGUCCUCCCCGGCAGCAGAGUCAACAGAGGAGGCAGCAGAGCCAGAGCCGAUAGCCGUGGCAG